CCAGCCGCGCUUCCGAGUAGGUCGGGAAGGCAGGCCAGCCAUGGAGGCGGCCGGAGUGGCCCCCAUCCGAGCCCAAUACCGCUGCACGAAAGAGGACUUCCACGCCUACCUUGAGAAGGAAGAGAAGCCGAGGAAAGAUUCAGACGGGGCAAACAACGAUCUUCAGGCCGCCCAGCCAGACGAGCCUCCCGCCAAGCUGCAGAAGCUGGAACGUGAUGGGUCUGGAGAAGAGAAGCCUGCGGAAGUUGCCUUGGCCGGUGAGAGCGCCCCAGAGCCUCCGGGACGGAAGAGGCUGCGAGGGCAGAACAAGAACCGCCAUUGCAUGAAGCCGACUCAUUACGAAAAGCAGCGCUUGUGCCCCUCCGUAGUUCAGGAACGCCUGGAAAAAUGCUUCUACGGCUCCAGCUGCCGCUUCCUGCACGACCUCAAGGAGUACAUGGCGGCCAAGCCCCCAGACCUCGGGGGGCGCUGCCUGCUGUUCGAGACCUUCGGCAGGUGCACCUAUGGGGCCACCUGCCGGUUCGCAGGGGCUCACCUGGGAGAGGGCUACAAGAACCUGGUGAAUGCCGACCUCCUGAAACAGUGGGAAGGGAGGCUGGCGGUGCGGAACAGCCUCAGCAAGGACGUCCAGCAGCAGCUGCGGAAGAAGAAAAUGCCCUUUGCCAGAGCGGGCGAGUACCUGCGUUCUCUGGGCAAGGCCCACCCGGCAAGGAGGCCUGGCACCCAGGCUGCGGUGCCGGAGACGGGGGUGUCAGACUGCCCCGCUUCUGAAGGGACAAAGGAGCCUGGAAUGGCCAGGUUGGAGGCACCAAACAGCUCUAGCCCAUCCGAAGGAGUCGGUUCUGCCUUGGGGACCGCGGGGAGUCCCCUUCCUGCAGCAGAACCCACUCUGAAAAGGGUGGGCACGGUGACGGAUGCAGACACGGCGAAGCUGAGGCCCUCUGAGAAACCCAAGCUGGAUCUGCGUGGCAAGCUCUAUCUGGCCCCCCUGACCACGGUAAGGAGGCGUCCUUCUAGUGGGCAGUUUGCCAACACAAACCCUAGAAAGCUCGGGAU